AUGAGAGAGCUUCUCGCAUCCUUGCCUCAAAGGGCUCUGCACGCACUUAGCAAGGUUGAAUGCAUCCACAUCUCAUUCGCAAAUCCCGAGAUCACGUUCCAUGGCGGCAGCACUAGCACAUUUGGUGCCGUAAUUGGUGCAGAUGGUAUAUUCAGCACUGUCCGAAAAUUUAUUGUAGACCAGAAUGAAUGGACGGCCUCGCCGAGCGGAUUCUGGGACUAUCGCAACUUAGUUUCCUUUGAGAGGGCGAAAGCCGCAGUCGGAGAUCAAUACUUCCAAGUGGACAGACAAUAUGGCUGGAUUGGCGACGGGGCAUACUUCCUGCAUGAUAUUCUCGAAAGCAGAACGACGGUGCAGUGUAUCGUAUCAGGAGUCGAUAGAGACCCUCCGCCAAACAAGAACGGACUAGUCUAA